GGCGAGACGAUGGGCUGCAUAAAGAGCAAAGAGGACAAAGGCCCUACAAUGAAGUAUCGGCCAGAAAAUUCCACGGUGUCAGACCCCAACGCCACCGCCACCACGCCUCACGUAGGUCACUACGGACCAGAUCCCACCCAGCUGCAGCAGAGUCAGCCUCCCGCCUCCUCCUCAGGCUCUGGGGCUGUAAACUUCAACCACACCCUCACACCGUUUGGCGGCUCCUCGUCUGCCAUGACUCCCUUUGGAGGGGCGUCGUCCUCCUUCUCUGGUCCCGUGUCCAACUCCUUCUCUGGCGCUGUCUCAAGUGGUGUUACGUUCUUUGUGGCCUUGUAUGACUAUGAAGCUCGAACAUCAGAUGAUCUCUCGUUUAAAAAAGGAGACCGCUUCCAGAUCAUCAACAAUACAGAAGGAGACUGGUGGGAAGCUCGCUCCAUCAACACGGGGAGGAAAGGCUACAUCCCGAGUAAUUAUGUGGCCCCUGCUGACUCCAUCCAGGCUGAAGAGUGGUACUUUGGUAAAAUGGGACGCAAAGAUGCUGAGAGGUUGCUGCUGAAUCCAGGGAACCAUCGAGGAACUUUCCUGGUGCGAGAAAGUGAAACUACUAAAGGUGCUUAUUCUCUCUCCAUACGAGACUGGGAUGAAGCCAAAGGAGACAACGUGAAACACUACAAGAUCCGCAAGCUUGACAACGGGGGAUACUACAUCACCACACGAGCACAGUUUGACACAUUACAGAAGCUUGUCAAACACUACACAGAGCACGCCGAUGGGCUUUGCCACAGGCUGACCACCGUGUGCCCCACGGUCAAGCCUCAGACCCAGGGGCUUGCUAAAGACGCCUGGGAGAUUCCCCGGGAGUCCUUGCGACUGGAGCUCAAACUGGGCCAAGGCUGCUUUGGAGAAGUCUGGAUGGGCACAUGGAACGGUACCACUAAGGUGGCCAUUAAGACACUGAAGCCGGGCACCAUGUCACCUGAGGCCUUCCUCCAAGAGGCUCAGAUCAUGAAGAAGCUCAGACAUGACAAACUGGUGCCUCUGUACGCUGUGGUGUCUGAGGAGCCCAUUUAUAUUGUCACAGAAUACAUGGCCAAAGGAAGCUUGCUCGACUUCCUCAAAGAGGGUGACGGCAAAUUCCUGAAGCUUCCCCUGUUGGUGGACAUGGCUGCACAGAUCGCUGACGGCAUGGCUUUCAUCGAGAGGAUGAACUACAUCCACAGGGACCUGCGCGCUGCUAACAUUCUCGUGGGCGACAACCUGGUGUGCAAGAUCGCCGACUUUGGUCUGGCCAGGUUGAUAGAGGACAAUGAGUACACGGCGAGGCAAGGAGCCAAAUUCCCUAUUAAAUGGACGGCCCCGGAGGCGGCUCUGUACGGCCGCUUCACCAUCAAAUCAGACGUCUGGUCCUUUGGGAUCUUACUCACCGAGCUUGUCACCAAAGGCAGAGUGCCCUACCCAGGCAUGGUGAACCGUGAGGUACUGGAGCAGGUGGAGCGGGGCUACCGCAUGCCCUGCCCCCAGGGAUGCCCCGAGUCCCUGCACGAGAUGAUGAAGGUCUGCUGGAAGAAGGACCCGGACGAGAGGCCUACUUUCGAGUACCUCCAGUCCUUCCUGGAGGACUAUUUCACCGCCACAGAGCCACAGUACCAACCUGGAGAGAACCUAUAGCCUGCCUGCUGCGUAUCCCUACGCCUGGGAGCAGACUUGCUUAAAGACAAAGAAGACGUCAGCUCUUAAUUAAGUCGCCUGGAAACCAACCAGUCGCAUAAACCACUACUUGCUCUACCCAUUCUUGAUUUUUUAUUUCUUUCAGCGUCCGCCACCAUUUCAUUUUCAUAUUUUAUUUGUUUUCAUACUGGUACUACGGAAGUCUUAGCUGUGUGAAAUGUGGGUUUUUAUCACUAUGUACAAUAAUGACUGAGGUAACAAAGAAACAUUUCUGUUUUUAAAUACAUGUUUCGAUAUAACACAGUGUGUUGCUGUGAAAUAAGCUGUGAUAUGUAGCUGUGUUGAGAAUGGCAGUCCAACUGUUAUAUAUGGAGAGCUCACACUCCAUUUGCCUCCAAAUUGUACUCUUUUGUGGUGAAUUGGUAAAUUAUGCAUCAAAACGAUUAAUUAUUAACAGAGAUAAUAUAUUAAACUAAUAGGGAGAAGCUCUCAGGGGACUGGUUCUCAUUAUCACAGUACAUUUGACAGUUAUUUAAAAAAUAAAUCCCACACAGCUUAACUUUAGUUCAUCAGCUACGGUGCAAUUCUUUCUAUGUGUGUUACAAAUGGGCAACUAGAGUGAGACUGUGACAUGGUCUUUUAUGCUUUUUUAAUCUUUUACAAUGCAUUUGUUUUAUAUUAUGUUAUUUUACGUUCCUUUGUUAUCAUAAAAAUGUACUCAUAUCACAUGGACAUGGUUUUAUAGCUUCGUUUGAAGACUUUUUCCAUACUGUCCAUCAUCAUCUUUUUUUUAUAACAGUGCCAUCAUUCUUUCUGUCCCUCACUGCCCCGGGUUAUAUAAUCUCACUGUGAUCACUGCAGCCACAUGCUUACAUAAAGACAGCCUGUGUAACGUGACAGUGAGUUAAACAGUGAUGGAACUCGUGGACUUGUGGCUUUUUGCCAGACCAAGAAUGGCACUUCACGUGUGAAAUGUCUGCCAAACCGAGGACACGGGAUGAUUUUAGUGGCUAUAAAAACUCUUUCUAAAAGUGGAAAUCAUGAACAAAGCCGCCAAAUAAGUUGGAAACAACCAUUUUAUCUUCUAAAAUGUGACUGACCAAGAACUUGGGACUCUUUUUCGUGUUUAUGUAUCCAAGGUGGCUCUGUAAAGACCAUUUAUAUUGCAAUGAUUACAGUUUUUUACAGUGAUUUUAUCUUUGCAUAUUGCUCCUGUAUGGACUCAUUGGGACAGUAUUAUGAUGGGAAUAACACCAAUUGACGCCUGAGCUUGUAAAGAAGGGCUUUGUAUAUUAUAAAAAUCCUCAUUUUAUAAGAUUAUUAAUAAAACGAGCAAGAUUGCAAAAUAUAUUUGGGGAGGGAGGUAGUGGGUGCAG